AUGGCAGCUGUUGCAGUGCUAGAGGAGGUUCUGGUUUCCAUUGAAAAUGAGCUGCAGGCAGUGGAGAUGCAGAUUCAGGAGCUUGUGGAUAAACAGCAAGAACUCAUUCAAAAGAAGAUGAGGGUAAAGAGCCUGAUAAAGCAGUCCUCGGGAGACUUGGAGGCAGGUGGAAGUAAAGACACAGAAACCUCAGCCGAGGCAUGGAGCAAAAAAGAUUUUCCAUGGUACGAGACGAUAAAAACGGCAUUGCAGAGCAAGUUUAAACUCCAGAAGUUUAGGUCCUUGCAACUUGAAACAGUAAAUGCAGCAAUGGCGGGAAAGGAUAUAUUUCUUGUCAUGCCUACAGGUGGUGGGAAGAGCCUUUGCUAUCAGUUACCAGCUGUCUGUUCUGAUGGUUUCACACUUGUGAUAUGUCCUUUGAUAUCACUUAUGGAAGAUCAGCUCAUGGUUUUGGAACAGCUUGGUAUUUCUGCAGCUUUAUUAAAUGCUUCAAGCAGUAAGGAACACGUGAAGUGGGUUCAUACCGAAAUGCUAAACAGAAAUUCGCAACUGAAGCUCAUUUAUGUGACCCCAGAGAAGAUUGCAAAAAGCAAAAUGUUCAUGUCAAAGCUAGAGAAAGCUUAUCAAGCAGGAUGUCUUGCUCGCAUUGCUGUAGAUGAGGUCCAUUGCUGUAGUCAAUGGGGCCAUGACUUCAGGCCUGACUACAAGUCUCUUGGUAUCUUGAAAAGACAGUUUCCCAACACUCCCUUGAUUGGAUUGACAGCAACUGCUACAAAUCAUGUUUUAAAGGAUGCUCAGAAGAUUUUGCAUGUUCAGAAGUGCAUUACCUUUACUGCAUCUUUCAACCGGCCCAAUCUUUACUAUGAGGUUCGGCAUAAGCCUUCAAAUAAUGAAGAUUUCAUUGAGGACAUAGUUAAGAUAAUUAAUGGAAGAUACAAAGGACUCUCAGGAAUCGUGUACUGUUUUUCUCAGAAGGAUUCUGAGCAAGUUACUGUGAGUUUGCAGAAACUGGGAAUCAAGGCAGGGACUUACCAUGCAAACAUGGAUGCUAAACAUAAGACCAAAGUUCAUAAAGGAUGGGCAGCUAAUCAAAUCCAGGUUGUAGUGGCGACUGUUGCUUUUGGCAUGGGAAUUGAUAAACCUGAUGUAAGGUUUGUAAUUCAUCAUUCUAUGAGCAAGUCCAUGGAGAACUACUACCAAGAGAGUGGACGUGCAGGUAGAGAUGACCAAAAAGCUGACUGCAUUUUAUAUUAUGGUUUUGGAGAUAUAUUCAGAAUCAGCUCAAUGGUAGUGAUGGAAAAUGUAGGGCAAGAGAAGCUGUAUGAUAUGGUGUCUUACUGCCAGAAUAUGAACAGGUGUCGCCGGGUCCUCAUAGCCCAUCAUUUUGAUGAAGUAUGGGAUUCUGCAAACUGCAACAGAAUGUGUGAUAACUGCUGCAGAGAGAACUCAUGUGAGAAAAUGGAUAUAACAGGAUACUGCAGGGAUCUAAUCAAGAUACUUGAGCAAGCUGAAAACAUGAGUGAGAAACUCACCCCACUGAAAUUAAUCGAUGCGUGGUCUGGGAAAGGUGUAUCAAAAUUGAGGGUGGCUGAAGUUACUCCACCAAAGCACCCUCGAGAGGAACUGGAGAGAAUUAUUGCCCAUUUACUACUGCAGCAGUAUCUGAAGGAAGACUUCAGCUUCACGGCAUUUGCUACAAUAUCCUACCUGAAGAUAGGACCAAAAGCAAGCCUGCUGAAAAAUGAGGCACAUGUUAUCACUAUACAAGGGAUAACAAACAAGAAAAGUGUUUACAAGGACAAACCAUCUCAAUCUUCAAAUUUGAAAGGAAGCAGAGAAAAUGCUCAGACUGUUUCAAAGACUGUCCAAGAUUCAGUGGUGAAGAAUUCACAGGAACGUAAACGGCCUAACUGUGGUUCUAACUUAAAAGCAAAGAAGCUUAAGCUUCAGGCAGGUGGAGAUGACCAACCAGUAGUUCUUGACUGAGUUUCACAUACCACAAAGUACAUCUAAUCAUGGUUGCUUCUCUGUGGACAAUGCAGUGUGUAAGUUCAGGUUGUGUUUUAGUAAUGGUAAUUUUGUGCAAUUUUUUUAAUUAAAAAAAAAAAAAACAGCAAACCAAGUAUCUUUGUAACCCUCAAAUCCAGAAAAAGCCUAAUAGUCAAGGGAAAAAUGCUUCAUAUCAAAAUAACUGGUGCAUAUCUUAUGAUACAGCAAUGACUACAAAAUGUA